CUCCUCUCCUCCUCCCCCGACUGGUCACCAAAGAUGGCGGGUUGCUGAGCGCUCAUGGAUACACACAUUUCGCGGCCAGCUGUCAACUUCCCACAAACGCAAACUUCCCAGACACAGUAGUCGCCGCCCUGCGAGAGCGUGUUGUCCCCGCUGCCGCCAUGCAGAUCACGCUGAAGACGCUGCAGCAGCAGACGAUCCAGGUGGAGAUCGACCCCGAGCAGACGGUAAAGGCCUUGAAGGAGAAGAUAGAAGCUGAACGAGGAAAAGACAACUUUCCCGUCUCUGGGCAGAAGCUGAUAUACGCUGGCAAGAUUUUGCAAGAUGACACGCAGAUUAAGGACUACAAAAUCGAUGAGAAGAAUUUUGUUGUAGUUAUGGUGUCCAAGGCUAAGCCUGCAGCUUCAGCCUUGCCAGCAGCAUCAGAAACCCCCAAACCCCCAGUACAAGACUCCGGUUCAACAUCAACAGCCACCCCAACUACAACCCCUGCUUCAAACCCAACUCCAGCUCCAGCAGCUGUCCCCAUUCCUCCUGAGGAGGCCAAACAAGAGCCAAGUGCCCCAGCUACAGAACCACAACAAACAGCCAGCUCUAGUGCUGGGAGUCAGGGCCUGGAUGCCUCCUCGGCGCUGGUGACUGGAGCCGAGUACGAGGCCAUGCUGGCAGAGAUCAUGUCUAUGGGCUAUGAAAGGGAGCGAGUGGUGGCAGCCCUGCGAGCCAGUUUCAACAAUCCCCACAGAGCUGUGGAAUACCUCCUAACUGGCAUCCCCAGCAGCCCUGUUCAAGAGAGUAAUCCACCGGCGCAGGCCCCGGCAUCUGGACCCACGGAGUCCCCGUCUCUAGCAGAAGGAGAAAACCCACUUGCAUUCCUGCGUACCCAGCCUCAGUUCCUGCACAUGAGACAGGCCAUCCAGCAGAAUCCCGCUCUGCUACCAGCUCUUCUCCAGCAACUAGGCCGUGAGAAUCCUCAACUUCUACAGCAAAUCAGCCAUCACCAGGAGCUGUUCAUCCAGAUGUUGAAUGAGCCGGUGGGAGAGGGAGGCGACGCGCCGGAGGUUGGUGAGAUGGGGGCGGCCGGGGAAGAAGGAGCACCUGUCAACUAUAUCCAGGUUACACCUCAGGAGAAGGAAGCCAUAGAAAGGUUAAAAGCGUUGGGUUUUCCUGAAGCCCUGGUGAUCCAGGCCUACUUCGCCUGCGAGAAGAACGAGAACCUGGCAGCCAACUUUCUCCUCAACCAGGGACUGGAAGACGACUGAACCGGAGCGGAGCGCUGCCUCCCUGCAACUCCCUCCCACCCUUCCCUCUUUUUCAGCUCAGCAUAAAGACUGCACCCCCAAAUUUUACUGUACAGCUACCAACCUCAGCUCAACACAGUGGGAGGGGAGGGGAGGGGGAGGGAGGGAAGG